AUGAUUGAGUCUAAAGAUAAUGGUAGCCUGCUACGAGAGAACUACAGGCAUCAGAUUUGGGAUUUAAUUCAUGAAAUUAACACCGAAAUCACAGUAAAGAAUUCCUCAGGGCAUCAACUGACGUAUCGCGACAUGUGUGAACCGUAUUGCCAAAAGAACGAUGCAUUCAUAGCUCUUUUGGAGCUCUACAAUAAGAACUUUUCCAGAGUUGAGGUCACAUAUCCUACUAUGGACAUUCUUGGAAAGCAAAUCUUCAUCGCUAGUAAUAUUUAUGGUGUCAGCCUUGUUAACGAUAGCAAUACCAUCGAAUCAUUCACCACCGUUAUCCUUCGCUACUACAUGGUAUAUCCAGAAAUUAAGCCCCUACUCGCUUGGGAAACAAAGAUAGUCAGUCUUCUGUAUGACUCCGGCAAGUAUGAUUUACUGAACUGUAGCGCCGGUUCAGAUAACCUUGUGGCGAAAGAGGUGAAAGAGAUGGGAAACAAGAGCGCCCCAUUACUUAGCAUUUCUCUAGGAAUGCUUAUGAUCUUUUUGAUGUUGUGCUCAUUCAGGUACAAAAGGCGAGAAUCAAAACCGCUUGAGGCGAUACUCGGCGGUGUCACACCGUUGUUGGCAGGGAUUACUACUGUUGGCUUAGUUUCUGCCACUGGACUUGCAUUUCAGUCGAUCGUCGUCAGCACUUUGUUCCUUGUGCUUGCAAUA